GAAUUGGACAUAAAUCCCAAAAUGUUCCAUUCGAGCUCGGGUUAUCCAGACCUUACGGGUGGUUCUGGAAACUCCGUGUCCUAUCAUCAACAAGCUGCUGCAGCAGCUGCUGCCAGUACCCCAGUGUAUGUUCCUUCAAAUCGUGCUUUAACGCACAGUCAGUAUGGCCAUGCGGCUGCCCAUUUUGGUACAGCGGCCGCCCAGAACGCCUGGACAGCAGCCGAUACCUUCGGAGCAACACACUCACAAAUACCCGCCCAAUUUUAUGCCCAAAAUGUAAUGAUGGGUACCUGGCGAGCAUACGAUCCCACCGGAUUCCAACGCACCUCACCCUAUGACAAUGCAAUGGAACUGCAAUUCGGCGAGGGCCGGGAAUGCGUCAAUUGUGGAGCAAUUAGCACGCCACUAUGGCGAAGAGACGGAACGGGCCAUUAUCUCUGCAAUGCAUGCGGACUGUACCACAAGAUGAACGGCAUGAAUCGACCCCUGAUAAAGCCCAGCAAGAGAUUGACUGCAACACGACGACUAGGACUUUGCUGUACAAACUGUGGAACCCGAACGACGACGCUGUGGCGGCGCAACAACGAAGGCGAACCAGUUUGCAAUGCUUGUGGCCUGUAUUUUAAAUUGCAUGGCGUUAAUCGUCCAUUGGCGAUGCGCAAAGAUGGCAUCCAGACGAGAAAACGAAAACCCAAAAAAUCUGGUGGGGACUCGAAGGACGUCAAGGAGGAAGCCGACUUGAAGCCAGCCCUCACUAGUGGAUCGUCGCUCUCGCUUGAACGUAGCCUCACCUCGUCAAAGCUUAGUGCCGAUCUUAGCCCCAAGCAAUCCUCGAAUCCAUUAUCUCACAACCACAUGCAUUUGCCAUCAUCAUCAUCGUCGGCAUCUUCACGGACGCACAGCACCUCCAAUCAUGUGUAUUCCUCAAAUAUGCACGGAUUCAAUACCUCUCACAGCAACACUGGCAACACAUCUGGUUUGUCAUUCGGGUCUGCCGCCUCCAAAUACGAACACUUGUUGGCAUCUUCGACCGGGGGAAGUAGCAAUACAAGCUUAAGUUCAGCGCUGACUAAUGGAAUUGGUACUGGGACGCCGAGUCCGAACUAUCAUCAUGCCCACCAUCAUCCGCAUCACCAUCAUGCCCACCACCACCACCAUCAUUCGAGCCUGGGCCAACACACUUAUGGAGUGAAGUCUGAAGCUAACACCACAAAUUAUGAUUAUGUGAAUAAUUGUUAUUUCGGUGGAACAUUUGGAGCUCUGGGCGCCACAUCCGCCGGUGCAGGAGUUCAUGGAGCGACGGAACUUGCUGGCUAUCAUCAUCAGCACAAUGUUAUACAAGCUGCAAAACUAAUGGCGUCCUCUUAGGUUUUCGGAUAACUAUUCCUAAAUGUAUCUAUAGGUAAUAAAAGCAGUUGUUUUUCGAAAAGGCUGUUAAAUAAUUUUA